AUGCCUCUAGAUAAGGCCAGGUUACCGUUGACACGUCCCAGAUCGACGUAUCCGCCAGCAGCAACGAUUCUGGCCUUCUCGCCCUCGUUGGUUGGCUUGUGGUCGAAAGAUAGCGGCUUGCACUGGCCAUUGACGCUCAUGACGGUUCUGGAGUCGCCCGCGUUACCGCAGUAUAUUCUAUCUUUGGAAAUAAUCACCGAUGUUGCUGCGCAUCCGGACGGAUCCUUGGACAGCUCGUCGUCGUCCAAAAUCGCAACAUCGCACGCCAAGAACCCAUCCUUCAGACUCUGCGGAUCCGUCCGCACCACCAGGGCCAUCCGACACUCGCCCGGAAUCUCGUUCAACGAGCUCGAGUCAAUGGCCAUCUCCUCUUCCUCGUCCUCGUCGUCGCUCAAAUACCCUUCAGAGGACGGGGUCUGCGAUCUGCUCGCCGUCGUCAGCAGCGACUGGAACGGCGACGUCACGGGCGAAGGUCCCACUACAGGAACAAGCAGCGCUCCAAUGCAACACCCGGCAACAAGCGAAACCGUCGCGAUCGUCAGAUAUGGAAUCAGUUGA